GGCAGAAGCUGCUGGAAGCCGAUGAGAGCGGCGGGAGCGGGAACCAGACGCACAGCCGCUCGCUGCCCUGGCGAGUUCACAGUAAAUCACGGAGUCACUACCUCACCAGUGCAGCCAUUUCCCGGUCGACACGUGGGACGUGAGCUUGGGAAACUUCGCAGGAGUCGACACUGCUGAAGGCAGAAAUUUUGCGUUGGCACAGAACCUGAGGCAACCUCAUGAAUUAGAGGUUAUGCUGUCCCAAGGCCAUUCCCUGAAUCUGAGUGAGCGAGAAAAGGGUUAAAAAUCGAAUUUCUCCGAUAAAGGCUUGUUAUCGUACCGUCUGAGUCAAAGCUAUGAACUCGCAGGUUUCAUCAGAUAUUCACAGUAUCGUCUCUCCGAUAAGCCAAAGUCCUGAGCAGGAGGUGGCUGCCCCACACCCGCCGAGGGUUGAGGAGGAUGAUGGCGACUUGAACAAGACCCUGGGUGUGGAGAGAUUUGAUGAUCUGCUGCACGAUACACACUCUCGCGCUGUGGAUGAAGUCCGGCGGAUCUACAAUGAGGCAGAUUUUGAAUACCAUCGGCAGUCAUCCCAUCACACCCACCACCCUCUCUCCACACACAUGCCAUCCGGCGCUCGCAGGAACAAGCCCGUCAAAAAGAAAUGCAAGAAGCGAGCCUCGUCCUCGUCUGGGGCUCCCACCAUCGACGAAGGUGAGGAGGAGGAGGAGCAGUGCGACGGGGCACAGGAGGCAGAGGUGGGACAGACCCCAGACUCCACCAACUCCGAGCUCGACUUGGCCGUUGAGUUCUUCGUCUCUGAUGAAGAUGCGGAGAGUGACUCAGCCCAGUUGAAAUCUACCGACCACAGCCCCAAGCACCCAGCCAUGGGGAUCACAUCAGUGGAGGUGCCUGGGCCGAGUGGGAUCCAUAGCUUUAUCAGACAGAAGGACCCUGACAUGGUGGGGGACGAGGAAGCUGAUGUGAUUGUGGAGGUGGGGGAAAGCCGGGCGCUGUACAAGACACCACUGGCACAUCGCAGCAGCUAUGAUCUGAAGGAGAGACGGAGGAUCGGCAGCAUGACAUUGAUACAGGAGGCAAAGUACCAGCAGGUACCCACAGACGAGCUGGAAGCUGAGAUGCUGGCAGUGGCUGACCUGGAUGACAUGAAAAGUCAUCGAUUUGAGGAUGUCCCUGGUGUUCGUAGGCACUUGGUGAGAAAAAGCAACAAGAUUCCAUGUGGGCGCAGCGGGAAGGACCAGUUGGAGGUUGUGAAGGCCAAGAAACCAGCUCGCCAAACCCAUGAGGUGUUUGUGGAGCUGAACGAGUUAUUCAUGGACAAGAGCCACGAGAUGCAGUGGAAGGAGACGGCGAGAUGGAUCAAAUUUGAGGAGGAUGUGGAGGCGGAAACUGAUCGCUGGGGAAAGCCUCACGUGGCUUCCCUCAGCUUCCGCAGCCUGCUGGAGCUCAGGAAGACCAUCGCUCAAGGUGCCGUGCUGCUAGACCUGGACCAGAAGACUCUGCCAGGAAUUUCCCACCAGGUGGUGGAGCAGAUGAUCAUCUCAGACCAGAUCAAGGCAGAGGAUCGAGCCAACGUGUUGCGUGCACUCCUGCUCAAACACAGCCACCCCAGACAAGAUAAGGACUUCUCAUUUCCGCACAACAUCUCCACGGCAAGCCUGGGCUCCAUGAUAACUCACAGCAUGAACCACAUCGCACCCACAUCCGAUCAGUCGGUCACCCAACCACUGAUGGAGCAGAAUCCUGAGAAGGAGAUCAAAAUCACCCUGGAUUCCACAGAGAAGGAAGUGCCACUCUCCUCAGAAUUGCACAGAUCCCGGUCCAAACACGAGUUGAAACUGCUGGAGAAGAUCCCUGGCAACGCAGAGGCCAGUGUUGUCCUCGUAGGCUGUGUGGAGUUCCUGGAGCAGCCCACCAUGGCGUUUGUGCGUCUCCAGGCAGCGGUGGAGUUGGAGUCGGUACUGGAAGUGCCUGUUCCUGUCCGCUUCCUCUUCAUCCUCCUGGGCCCCUCCACCACCACCAUGGAUUACCAUGAGAUCGGCCGCUCCAUCUCUACCCUCAUGUCAGACAAGAACUUUCACAAAGCUGCGUACCAGGCUGACGGUCGGGAGGACCUGCUAAAUGCCAUCAACGAGUUCCUGGACAGCAGCGUGGUGAUCCCACCGCUGGACGUGCCGGGCGAGGAGCUUCUCAAGUCCAUAGCUAACUUCCAGCGGAAGAUGCUAAAGAAAAGGCAAGCGCGGGAGGAUCAGCUGUUAUCCCACCUGGAUGAGCGAGCUCUGCUAAAGAGGAGAAAGGCAACUGAGGAGGACAACGACCCACUGAGACGGACGGGCAAGGUGUUUGGGGGCUUGGUGCGGGAUGUGCGGAGGAGGUACCCUCUGUAUCUGAGUGACUUCAAGGACGCCCUGAAUCCCCAGUGCAUGGCUGCUAUCAUCUUCAUUUACUUUGCUGCUCUAUCCCCUGCUAUUACCUUCGGUGGUCUGCUGGGAGAGAAGACCAUGGGGCUGAUCGGAGUCUCUGAGCUGAUCCUCUCGACCUCUGUACAGAUGAUCAUCUUCACGUUGCUGGCAGCUCAGCCACUGCUCAUCGUGGGCUUCUCAGGGCCAUUGCUGGUCUUCGAAGAGGCUUUCUACAAGUUCUGUGAUGCCAACAAGUUGGACUACCUGACUGGGCGGGUGUGGAUUGGAUUCUGGCUGAUCGCCAUCGUGGUGAUCAUGGUGGCUCUCGAGGGCUCCUUCCUGGUCCGGUUUAUCUCCAGGUUCACCCAGGAGAUCUUCGCUCUGCUCAUCUCAAUCAUCUUUAUUUAUGAGACCUUCUAUAAACUUGUGUGGAUUUUCAAAGACCAUCCUCUCCAGGCCUGUUACCCUCAGAACAUGACGGUGAACAGUGCUUUGGCACCAUAUAACUCCAGCGAGGUGGAGAUCAUCAAGGUGACGGGUCAACCUAACACAGCACUGCUGUCCCUCAUGCUCAUGGUGGGAACCUUCUUCAUCGCCUUCUUCCUGAGGAAGUUCAAAAACAGCCGCUUCUUUCCUGGCUGGGUCCGUCGUGUGAUUGGAGAUUUUGGGGUGCCGAUAGCUAUCUUCCUCAUGGUAAUGAUCAACUAUUUCAUCACAGACGUGUACACACAGAAGCUGAGUGUUCCUCACGGUCUGUCGGUCACCUCACCUAAUAAACGAGGCUGGUUUAUCCACCCCCUGGGGAGGAACCGCGAUUUCCCCAUCUGGAUGAUGUUUGCCAGUGUCAUCCCCGCUGUUCUGGUCUUCAUUCUUAUCUUCAUGGAAACCAUGAUCACUACGUUGAUAAUCAGUAAGAAGGAGCGGAUGCUGGUAAAAGGCUCUGGCUUCCACCUGGACCUGUUACUGAUCGUGAUGACGGGGGGGGUGUCUGCUAUCCUGGGGUUGCCGUGGCUCGCUGCGGCCACCGUGCGCACGGUCACCCACGUCAACGCCCUAACCGUCAUGAGCAAGUCUGUGGCCCCCGGGGACAAGCCCAAGAUCCAGGAGGUGAAGGAGCAGCGAGUGACUGGGCUGGUCGUCGCCAUUCUAGUGGGCCUGUCCAUUGUGAUCGGAGAUCUCCUGCGUCAGAUCCCCUUGGCUGUGCUGUUCGGGAUCUUCCUAUACAUGGGCGUCACCUCUCUCAAUGGCAUUGAGCUGUUUGAGCGGAUCAAACUGCUGCUAAUGCCUCCCAAGUACCAUCCCGACCACAACUUUGUGAGGAAGGUGAAAACACUGCGAAUGCACUUAUUCACUUCCAUCCAGAUCUUCUGCCUGGGGAUUCUGUGGGCCGUCAUGUCCACCGUGGCCUCCCUCGGCUUCCCCUUCGUGCUCAUUCUCACCGUCCCCCUCAAGUUGUUUGGACUGACCAGGAUUUUUACUGAACGAGAGAUGAAAUGUCUUGAUGCCCAUGAUGCUGAACCCACCUUCGAUGAGCAAGAGGGUCUGGAUGAGUACAAUGAGCUGUCCAUGCCGGUGUGAGCCAGCGAGCGGCCUUCCAGCAAGUUGCCAACACAUCAGCGAGGGUUGAGUGGGGGUGAGAGGGAGGAGAUUGAGGGUGAAACACUGGCUCAGUGCUGGCUUUGUACCUGUUUAUGUCUGUCCCAACAUUGGUAACUGGAGUUGAAGCUGACGUGAGCAGCUCCUCUCUCACAGCUGGUCAGGGGUUAGCUGCUGGCCAGGCACCCACAGCACUCGCUCCACGAGGGACUUUUAUAUUAUGGUUAAGCAAAAGAAAAAUUUGAGGAAUAAGCCAGACAUUGCAUCACCCCAGCCAAUGUCACUGACCCGAGGAUAUCCAUCGAUCAUGGGAGAGGGAGGAAGAGUAAGGCAGAUUUGGACAUUAACUGAAUAGAUUGGCUAGAUUGAGCGGUGGGUUACUUCCCAUCAGUUGCUCUGAGCAAUGCUGUUUGAAAGGAUGUUCUGUAGCUGAAGUCACCUCUUCACACACAUUCAACCUUUUUCUCCCACCAUCGAAAUGACUGGAUGUUUCAGUCCUUCAGAUCCCCUUCUCUCUUUCUGCCCGAACCCAACCCAAAUGAGGAGCAGUCACCCAGCUUGGUACCAGCAAGGCAUCGCCGAUGGUGAAGAUUAGCUCAGUUUAGGUGCAAUCAAAAGUUCCAGCUGAGCCCUUGGAUGGGACAGACUGAUCUGUGGGCGUCUCGUGUUACAAAGUCAGUGCUCUCUCUCUCUCUCUCUCUCUCUUUCUCACCUUCCUGAAGACCAGAGGGGAGACCCAAGUGAACACUUCUUCCACUCUUGGAAGACGUUGAUUCAGAAUCACUUCGCAGCAAUCUCAAGCACAACAAAUUCCUGUUAUAUUUUGGACAAGAGGAAACAGGGAACAUUUCCUGCUUGGCAAUCAGAUGUAUAUCGCUUGGGGCAAUUGGCGAGGUAAUCAGUAUACCUCAUCACCACAAAGAGAUCCUCAUUCUAGGCAAAGGUGCUUCACCCGACUUGCUGAUGUGUGUGGAGGGGGUUGGGGGGUGCGGAGGAGAGAAGGGGAACAAAUAAAGGGAAUGAACCCGCUCCCCUUCCGCUCUCUCUCCCUCCCUCCCUACUCCAUCCAGCACCCAACCCUCACUUGGCCACUGACGCAUCCUGCCUGGCGACCGGAGAUCAUAUUGGUAGAAUAAACCCGGCCCUCUCUAGCGUGGCUCUGACACCGCACCCAACCCAGCGAGGUUUCAGAAACAAUUUCUAGAAGCAAUUGUCCCAACCAUGAAUGUGAACCAGAAAUGGAGCGAGUGUGUUGACGUUGGUUGGGUCUUUGGGGACAUGGUGGUAUCUUGGCAACUAGCAGUGACUCUUGGUAUCCACUUGUGAUAAGGGGAUAUGAC